AUGCAAGAAUCUGGUUUGGGCAUGAUGGGUGGUGGAGGUUUAAGCAGCGGCGAUGCUCAUCAUGAGCACCAUAAUCGCCAACUCAAGGCUGAGAUAGCCACACACCCUCUCUAUGAGCAGCUUCUGUCUGCCCACGUGUCAUGCCUCCGAGUGGCAACGCCAAUCGAUCAGCUGCCACUCAUAGACGCGCAGCUCUCUCAGUCACACCAUCUGCUGCGCUCAUAUGCCUCUCAGCAGCAGCAUGGCCACUCAGUCUCUCCCCAUGAGCGCCAAGAGCUUGAUAACUUCUUGGCACAAUAUUUGAUCGUUCUGUGCUCUUUCAAAGAACAACUUCAGCAACAUGUCAGAGUCCAUGCCGUGGAAGCUGUCAUGGCCUGCCGUGAAAUUGAAAGCAACUUGCAGGCUCUCACUGGAGUAAGUCUGGGUGAAGGUUCAGGUGCAACAAUGUCAGAUGAUGAAGAUGACAUGCAGAUGGAUUUCUCUUUGGAUCAAUCCGGCGGCGAUGGGCAUGACAUGAUGGGAUUUGGCCCCCUACUCCCAACUGAAUCGGAACGAUCGCUAAUGGAAAGAGUUCGCCAGGAAUUGAAGAUUGAGCUGAAGCAGGGCUUUAAGUCAAGAAUUGAAGAUGUGAGGGAGGAGAUUUUAAGAAAAAGAAGGGCGGGCAAACUUCCUGGUGACACAACUACAGUGUUGAAGAAUUGGUGGCAGCAACACUCAAAGUGGCCCUACCCAACUGAAGAUGACAAGGCAAAACUUGUGGAGGAAACAGGGCUGCAGCUCAAGCAAAUAAACAACUGGUUCAUCAAUCAAAGGAAGCGCAACUGGCACAGCAACUCUCAAUCAGUGACCUCUUUAAAGUCGAAGCGCAAAAGAUAG